AUGGAUAUGCUACCAAAUGAAGAAGAAGCCAAAGAAGUUGUUUUUGCGUUGAAUGCAGAAACUGCCUGUCUGAUGGAUUCACAGGAUUUAAAACUGAUGAUGAGAGUGCUAAAUAGAUAUGAGAAGGUAUCAGGCCAGUUGAUAAAUUUGAAUAAGAGUGCCUUCUAUGUUCAUGAAAAGGUGCAGAGUGGUUUGGUGUCAAGGCUGAAACAAAUCACAGGAAUUAGGCAAGGCCUCUUUCCAUUCACAUAUCUUGGCUGCCCAAUUUUCUACAGUAGGAAUAGAAUUUCACAUUAUGAUACAGUUGUUAAAAAGAUUUCCAAAAGGAUGAAUGCAUGGCAAGGGAGACUACUGUCAUAUGGUGGAAGAGCAACACUGAUAUCUCAUGUAUUACAAAGCAUGCUUGUAUACCUAUUACCAGGAAUGAAUCCUCCAAAGGGUGUGAUCAGACAAAUGUAUAGUAUUUUCUCAAGGUUUUUCUGGUCAAACACUGGUGACAAGAAAGGUGUACAUUGGGUUAAAUUGGAAGCACUGUCAUUGCCUAAAGAUAAAGGUGGACUGGGGUUCAGAUCACUAUUUGAAGUGUCAAAUGCCCUUUUCUGUAGACUAUGGUGGAAUCUCAGAACAAAGCCUUCAUUGUGGAGUUCUUUCAUGAUAAAAAAAAAAUACUGCAAAAAGCUCCAUCCAGUGAUUGCACAUGCUAAAGGGGCAUCUUCUAUCUGGAGAAAGUUGAUAAUAGUAAGGGAACUGGUGGAGCAUCAGAUAUGGUGGCAAGUGAAAAAAGGGGAUUCUAGCUUCUGGUUUGAUAACUGGAAAAAUCUUGGUGCAUUAUAUCAUGUCAAGGAUAGUUUGGAGGAGGAAAUAGAAGUUCAAAAUUUUGCCAGUACAGAAGGAUGGAAUGCACAGGUUAGGCAUAUGAUGCGUGAUUAUCCGUCGAUGGGCGGUAGAGUUAGGGAUCAGCCUACGGGAUCAGCAGCAGAUGAACUUUCAGGCCUUCCACCGGAGCAGAAGAUUGACUUUGCUAUUGAUGUGCUGUUGGAUACUAAACCUAUAUCUAUUCCUCUUUACAGAAUGGCUCGUGCAAAACUGAAAGAGUUAAAGGCACAACUAAAGGAUUUGCUUGAGAAAGGGUGCAUUAGAUCCAGUUCAUCGACAUGGGGAGCACCUGUCUUAUUCUUUUCAGGAAUUGAAGGAUAG